AAAGGUAGAGUGAGAGUCAGACUGAAAAAGGGAAAGGGAGGGGGUGAGCUUUAUAUGUUGCUUACAUGUUUAUCAUGCAGAAAAAAAAAUAAAUUUAGACUUAAAAAAAAAUAACUUGAGGAUGGCUUGAGAAGUGUGUCUGCAGUAGCUGCAGCCAAAGCCCUGACCACACUUCCACUUGUGCUGAGGAGACUGCAGGCGACCCGGCCCUUCUUUCGCUGGCCAGCCGCCGCGAUGCCAAGUCAAGUGCAAGCCAAUUGAGUCGCCAUCUUUCCUGGAGUUAAUUUAUGCAAAGCACCAGUGGAGGACUGACGCCAAAACCGACUGCUCCAAACAGGAGUCAGCCUGCGGACAGUGGCUGCGCCUACUUCCCAGUUGAAUCUGAAUUGGAGGCUUUCUUGAAGAGGAGCGAAACAGCAGCAGCCCCUGCCACGCAAAACUGGCCUUCACGACGCCUCUCCUUCCGACGGAGCAUCAAGCUGAGAUGCCAUAAAUCAAAGGUGAUGGUGUCAUCCUGAUUCAGUCUUUCGUGACUUGGGAGUCCCUAAAUCCCAAAUUUGUAUAGCUUUGGAAAACCCUGGAAGUACCUGGAAUUCUGGGAAUAUCUCACCAAAUCUUCUCAAGGUGCCCAGGCACCGGAUCAAUAGCUUUAUAUUCAACAAAGACAAACUGGCCGUCUCUGCUGGCUUUUCAUCAUCUCUGUGACGACCCCACUGUGACCUGGAGGACGCCAGACUUUUCCCCGCCGACUUUCAACGGACACUUCUGAAGAAACUUCUGUGUGGUGGGAACGCAAACUGAAACUUCAUCAGGCCUGGAUGCGAUGAACGCCUCAUGUAGGCAUCAGCAUGGACAGCUGUGAGUCUCCCGUGGUUUCUGGGACAGACGAUGGGCUCAGCUCCACCCAGCAACAGCAACCACCACAGCCCUGGACUGAUCACUCUAGCCUGAAGGGUCCUUGCGCCAACCAAGCCCCUUCCCUGCAACCCCUGCCUUUUUCUUCUCCAUAUCCGUCUCAAGCCAACAAACACAGUGCUCCACAUGACGGGGUGAGAGAUCUUCAGUCCCAGCAACCCAAACAGACAUCCCCAAAGACCCACAGUCAUAGUCCUGUGACAGGUCAACUGAACUCCAGAGCAGACGGUCUUGCGAUAGAAGCGCAAGAAGGUGCCAGCUGUGGUGAAGAGGGAGAAUCGGAGGACUUGGAUGAUAUGGAGAUUGACAGCUGUUUCACGAGUCUUCAACCCUUUCCAGGGAUGCCGAUGGCCACUGGAGGAGGUGGCAUGGCCACUCUUUUGGGGCACCAGUCAACGCAACAGCUUGGAAUGCCCGAAAGUGGGAGUGAGGAAGGGGAAGAGGAAGAAGAGGAGGAGAACAGUGAUGUGGAGAACCUGGCAGGAGAGAUAGUCUACCAACCAGAUGGCUCAGCCUACAUCGUGGAGAGCCUUAGUCAGUUGAUCCAAAGCGGUGGGAGUAUGGUACCCGGCCUGCUUCCCACAAACUCUCCCAAUAGUGGUGGAAAGCCGGGAGAACCUGCUGGGACUUCAUCAUCAGUUUACCCUCAAAUCAUCAACACUUUCCACAUAGCCUCGUCCUUUGGGAAGUGGUUUGGCAACUCAGACCAAGGUUAUCCCAAUACCUCAACGGUGGCAGGUCUCAGUCCUGUCCUGCACAGUUUCCGUGUGUUUGAUGUGCGGCACAAAAGCAACAAAGAUUACCUAAAUAGUGAUGGAUCUGCCAAGAAGUCCUGUGUUUCCAAAGAUGUUCCUAACAAUGUGGAUUUCUCCAAAUUUGACGGACUUGCGCUUUAUGGCAAGGGUAAGCCAAUUCUCAUGUGUUUUCUCUGCAAGCUUUCCUUUGGCUACGCUCGUUCCUUUGCCACUCAUGCCGUCCAUGACCAUCGCAUGACCCUGUGUGAGGACGAGCGAAGGUUACUGGGGGACAAGAAUGCAUCUGCCAUUAUUCAGGGCAUUGGGAAGGACAAAGAGCCCCUUAUCAGUUUUCUGGAACCAAAAACUAAAAGCACUCCUCCGCCACCCAACCCGCUUUCUGUUAAUUCUGGUCAAAGCUUCUACGGUACUUUUAGUGGUGUGCACCUGGAAAGCGGUGGCAGUGGCGGAAGCAGUGAGAACUUCGUGAACAAAGACUCUGGCCUCCAGCAGCAACAACCACAUCUUAACUCUGUGCAGUCACUCGGAGGGCUAAAUUCUCCCAUAGCAUCCACUCUUACCUCAUCCUCAGGCUCCGCCAAAGACUCCGGUGCCCUUUCCAAACAGGGAGGGAGAACAGAGGAGCCGGUUGGGAAAGAGUUGGCAUGUAAAGGAGAAGACGGGAGCCCACAGGGACACAAAAACAAGACACACUUGUCAAAUCAGACGGGAGGAUUAGAGGAAGAGCAGAAUGAACUGUUUUUAGGGGAGCAGGAUGAGGCGGAGGCAGAAGGCAUGAAGGCAGUCUAUGGUGGUAACAGUAGCAGUGGCAGGAGUGAAGCGGUUGAAGCAGCUGUCUCAAACCAAAGCAUUUCCAAAUCUCCUUUAUUAAUGCCUAGUAGCACUCUCCAGCCUUCUGCCUGCUCCCCUGUGGUCAGUUCUACACUUAACAGCAAAGCCCCAGCUUCCACAUCCUCUUCUGUCAAAGAAGAAGGUGCAGUUACAGAUGGCGGGAGCAGAACUUCAGAGCGCCCUCUAAGCUUUAACUGCCAGGGUUCUACCGAUCCCAUGGCGAUGACAGCAACCACUGUCAGAAGGAACGAGGAUGACACUACCUGCACCUCUUCCUCACCUCUGUCCUCCAAUGCUGCUGCUGAUGAAAGUGCCAAUCAAGAUAGUGCCACAGCUCCAGAACCAAAUGAUUGCCCAGCAGAGGGGGAGGAGGAAAAUGGAGCCCUUCUGCACCAUCACCACAUGCACCACCAUCAUCAUCACCUCCACCCUUCAUCUCAUGGACACGCUCACCCCCACCCCGGGGGAUCUUGUGACACGACAGGGAUAGCAGAGUGCUCACAGAAUCAUGGUCCAAGCGUCAGCGGAGGAAGUGGAAUAGAAUGUCCCAAGUGCGACACUGUUCUGGGUUCUUCCCGCUCUUUGGGUGGUCACAUGACCAUGAUGCACUCGCGCAACUCAUGCAAGACUCUGAAGUGUCCCAAAUGCAACUGGCAUUAUAAGUACCAGCAGACUCUGGAAGCCCACAUGAAAGAGAAACAUCCAGACUCUGGAGGCUCCUGUGUUUACUGCAGUAGUGGUCAGAGCCACCCUCGACUGGCCCGUGGAGAAAGUUAUACCUGUGGAUACAAGCCUUUUCGCUGUGAGGUGUGCAACUACUCCACCACAACAAAGGGCAACCUAAGUAUCCACAUGCAGUCGGACAAACAUCUAAAUAAUAUGCAGACACUCCAGAAUGGAGGUUCUAUAGGUUCAGCACAGGAUCAGGUGUUUGGACAUGGUCCUGGAGGAGUGGUGGCGGUCCCAUCCGUGACACAGGCUAACAGCCUUCACCCUUCUCACCACCAUCCUCCACAGUCUUCUGUGGCUGGACCGUGUGGCGCCCCCUCACCAACCAAGCCAAAAAGCAAACCUACUUGGCGGUGUGAGGUAUGUGACUACGAGACAAAUGUGGCACGGAAUCUUCGUAUCCACAUGACCAGCGAGAAGCACAUGCACAAUAUGAUGUUGCUCCAGCAGAAUGUGACUCAGAUGCAGCAUGGCCGACUGGGAUUGGGCGCCAUGCCCUCCCCGUCUGAGGCUGAGCUUUACCAGUAUUACCUGGCGCAGAAUAUGAGCCUGCCACCCGGCCUCAAGAUGGACCCAGCAGGACCCGAGGCUCAGUUUCUCAUGGGCAACUUCCACCUGGAUCCCAACAUGGCAGCGCUAGCUCCUGCACUUGUAGGUGGAGAUAUUCCAAUGGACAUGCGGCUCGGUAGCGGGCAGUUGGUGUCAGAGGAACUGAUGAACCUGGGAGAGAGCCUAUCCCAAACCAGCGAUCCCUCCCUCAAGCUUUUCCAAUGCGCCGUGUGCAACCGCUUCACCACCGACAACCUGGACAUGCUGGGUAUGCACAUGGGAGCGGAGCGAAGCCUGCCGGAGGAAGAGUGGCGCGCCGUGGUGGGCGACUCCCACCAGUGCAAGUUGUGCCACUACACCACGCAGCUGAAGGCCAAUUUCCAGCUCCAUUGCAAGACUGACAAGCACGUUCAAAAGUACCAGCUUGUGGCUCACAUCAAAGAAGGCGGCAAAGGCAACGAGUGGCGGCUCAAAUGCGUGGCGAUUGGUAACCCGGUGCAUCUGAAGUGCAACGCGUGUGACUACUACACCAACAGCCUGGAGAAGCUGAGGAUGCACACCGUCAAUUCACGUCACGAGGGGAGCCUCAAACUCUACAAGCACCUGCAGCAGCAUGAAAAUGCGGUGGAGGGUGAUGCCUGCUACUACCACUGUGUGCUGUGCAACUACUCGACCAAGGCCAAGCUCAACCUGAUCCAGCAUGUGCGCUCCAUGAAGCACCAGCGCAGCGAGAGCCUAAGGAAACUCCAGCGCCUGCAGAAGGGUCUUCCGGAGGACGAAGAAGACCUGAGCUCCAUAUUCACCAUCCGCAAAUGCUCCUCUUCGGACACAGGAGAGCUGAGCGAGGAUGUGGAAGCUGUUAGCGAGACCACCACAGACCAGGAGGACCAAACCAAAGACAGAGAAAGUGGGGGGGAGAAGGAGCUCACCAAAGGCACAGGCCUCCUGGAACGGACCCAGUCUGACUCUCCGAACCCUUCGAAAAGGCCUUCCUCGCGCUCAGAUUUGUCAGAGAGUCCGCUGUCCUCCAAGCGUCCCAAGACUGCAGACAAGAAGGCUGCGGAGCAGAUGUACCAGUGCCCCUACUGCAAGUUCACCAACACUGACCUGAACCGUCUGAGAAUGCAUGUGAUGAACCAGCACUCUGUGCAGCCCAUGCUGCGCUGCCCGCUCUGCCAGGACAUGCUGAACAACAAGAUCCACCUGCAGUUCCACCUCACACAUCUACACAGUGUGGCGCCGGACUGUGUUGAAAAGCUGAUAGCCACAGUCACAGCGACUGACGUGCUGCCAGCUAGCAUGUUCAUACCUGUAUCAAGUCCGGACGCGGAGUCGCAGAGCACCCCUCUUGGCACAGCCAACGCCAAUCCUGAGGAAGCCAAGAAACAAGCGGAUGCUACAGAUGCUGAGCAAGAGAAGGGGGCGUCGCUCCCCACGGACGUAGCCGAAGCACGCAAGUCACCGCUCGAAGAUCAAAACUCUGAGAGGGAAGAUGCAACAGGAUUUCUGUGCUGGAAAAAGGGCUGUAACCAAGUCUUUAAGUCGUCCAACUCCUUGCAAAUGCACUUCAACGAAGUCCACAACAAGAGGCCCCAGCUGCCUGUUUCAGAUCGCCAUGUGUACAAAUAUCGCUGCAACCAGUGCAGCUUGGCUUUUAAGACUGUGGAGAAACUGCAGCUUCAUUCUCAGUAUCACGUCAUCCGGGCUGCCACCAUGUGCUGCCUCUGUCAACGAAGCUUUAGAACACUGCAAGCCUUGAAGAAACAUUUGGAAACCAGCCACCUGGAGCUCAGUGAAGCUGAUAUCCAGCAGCUGUAUGGAGGGUUGCUGAUGAACGGUGACAUCAUGGUCAUGGGUGACCCAUCGCUCAGUGAGGAGCAAGGGAGUCUUGGUGAAGAUGACAAAGAAGGAGAAGAAAGUGAUGCAGAGGAAAAACAAAGCCCAACAGGUAGUGACUCUGGUUCUCUGCAAGAGGAUUCAGGGUCUGAACCAAAACGAGCCUUGCCCUUUAGAAAGGGCCCCAACUUUACCAUGGAGAAAUUUCUAGAUCCAUCGAGACCUUUCAAGUGCACCGUUUGCAAGGAGUCUUUCACCCAGAAGAAUAUACUGUUGGUUCACUAUAACUCGGUGUCCCAUCUACACAAGGUGAAGAGGGCUCUUCAGGAGUCUACUACUGGUCAGCCAGAGCCCACUAGCAGUCCUGACAACAAGCCGUUCAAGUGUAGCACUUGUAAUGUGGCGUACAGUCAGAGCUCUACUUUGGAAAUCCACAUGCGCUCUGUUUUACACCAGACGAAAGCCAGGGCUGCCAAGCUUGAAGCAGCCGGAGGGAUCACCUGUUCCACCAGUUCUACUGGUGUGAGUAGCGGAGGGUCCAACAUCACCACUUCAACAUCAAGUCCCGCUCCAGUCAGCAACUCAACCACGAGCUCCAUGAACCAUAAUUCAUCAGGGUCUCAAGCAUCCCAGAAUGUUAUCGGGGGAAACCAUGUUGCUCAGACACACAACGCUGAAAACCUGGGUGGGUCAACUGUCACCCGUCAUCCUUCCCCGUGUGAUAACCACGAAUUAAAAAAGUCCAAAUAUGCUGAUUUGCUUUCUGCAAGGGGCCAACAGCAGCAGCUUCAACAACAACAGCAGCUUGCCCAGGCACAGGCGCAGGCGCAGCUCCAACAAGAACUCCAGCAACAGGCUGCUCUCCUGCAGUCGCAGUUGUUCAACCCAGCUCUUUUGCAGCAUUUUCCCAUGACAACAGAUGCACUUCUCCCCCUGCAACAGCAGCAGUUGUUAUUUCCUUUCUACAUCCCUGGAGCGGAGUUUCAGCUAAAUCCUGAGAUCAGCAUUGCCAAUUCAGCACUUGGCCUCGGAGGUUCCUCCACCUCCUCACUGUUGGAGGAUCUCAAAAGCUCAGCCCAGCAAGCCCAACAGAGCUGCUUGCAGCAGCAACUGAUGCACCAUCACCUUCAGCAGCAGCAGCAACAGGCUCAUUCACAAGCUCAGGGGCAAAUGGCAUUGUUGCAGCAGAGUGCAUCCUUAAUGCACCAGGUGGACAAAAAGCAGAGGCCUCCCUCCACAAAUAAUGACAAGGAACGAGAGAAGGACACUGCCGACAAACAUGAGGAUUAUGGAAACAGAGAUUCGGCCGACAUCAAGCCCAAAGACAAAGAAAUUCUCGCUUUGAACUUUAACCAAGACACAUCAGGCCUGCCUCCACCGAGGAUCGCCUCUGAUGCUCGUGGAAACGCAACUAAAGCUCUCUUGGAGAAUUUUGGGUUCGAGUUGGUGAUCCAGUAUAACGAGAACAAGCAGAAAGCCCAGAAAAAGAUAGCUGGGCCAGUAGGAUCGACAGGUCCAGGCGGCAUAACAAGAGUGGUGGACCCUAUUGAGGGAUUGGAGAAACUGGAGUGUGAGGCCUGUGGCAAGUUGUUUUCCAACAUACUGAUUUUAAAGAGUCACCAGGAGCACAUUCACCAGGCUUUCUUCCCGUUCCGAUCUCUUGAGAGGUUUGCCAAGGAAUACCGAGAGCAUUAUGAUAAACUCUAUCCAUUGAGGCCCCCAACACCAGAGGCUGCGCCAGCUCCUCAACCUCCUCCCCCACCACCACCUCCUCCUCCACCCCAAAGAGCUCCAACGCCAAAUAUCCCCGUCUCGGCUGCUUCGCUCACCCCCCCAACCGUACCCACACCGCAGCCCCCAGUUUCAAUCACACAAAUUCCAAUGCCAAUGGAUCUCCCACUUUUCCCGCCUCUAAUGAUGCAGCCAAUGUCUCUCCAGUCUUUGCCGACCCAGUUGCCUCCCCAGCUUCCAUCCGUCGAUACAGGCCUGGCAUCCGACUUGGCGCAACUCUAUCAACAGCAGCUUACACCGGCUAUGCUUCAGCAGCAGCAGAACAAGAGACCAAGGACACGAAUUACGGACGAGCAACUUCGAGUACUAAGACAGUACUUUGAUAUUAACAACUCUCCAAAUGAGGACCAGAUCAAAGAGAUGGCAGACAAGUCGGGACUGCAGCAAAAAGUCAUCAAGCACUGGUUUAGAAAUACCCUCUUCAAGGAGCGACAGCGGAACAAAGACUCCCCAUACAACUUCAAUAAUCCACCAACGACAACCCUGGAGGACACAAAGGUUGACUCGAAACCUCCUUCUCCUGAACCCCAGAAGCCGGAUUACUAUGGGAGUAAAAGGUCUUCCAGAACUCGCUUCACCGACUAUCAGCUAAGGGUCCUUCAAGAUUUCUUUGAUGCCAACGCAUACCCGAAAGAUGAUGAAUUUGAACAACUUUCAAACCUCCUGAGUCUCCCCACCCGGGUCAUCGUCGUAUGGUUUCAAAAUGCCCGUCAGAAGGCCAGGAAAAACUAUGAAAACCAAGGGGAUGGGUGUAAAGACGGAGAUAGACGAGAGUUGUCCAAUGACAGGUAUAUACGUACUUCAAAUCUGAACUACCAGUGCAAGAAAUGUAGUCUUGUUUUCCAACGCAUAUUUGAUCUAAUUAAACACCAAAAAAAGCUCUGUUACAAGGAUGAAGAUGAGGAUGGACAAUAUGAUAGCCAAAAUGAGGAUUCUCUGGAUCUCUCCCAUGAAUGUUACGCUCCCUCUGGGUCUUCAUGUCACACUCCAAUGCCCUCCUCCUCGAGUCUUUGCCCGCUGCCACCCUCAACGUCUGCAUUUUCUCACCACCCGUCCAACGAAAAAGAGGAAGCUUCUCCGGCUUCGACUUCCAAUCUUUGUGAUGAGAAACCCAAGGAUCUUACCGAUGAAGCACGUGAGACCCUGCCCACAAUCAAGCAGGAAAUCAUGCAUCAAACCCAAUCUGAGGCGCAGCACCAUCGACCACAGAAAGAGGAGAAGACCCCAAAUGCCUCAAAAGCCUUUAAACAUUCGUCCUUCUCACAACAACAGCAGUGUGGUUCGGCGGCCUCUCAGACAAGCCAGGCUCCAUCUCAAAGUUCCCAUCUGGGUCUAAAUCCACACCUGACCACUGGUGCACAGCAGCUGACUCAGCAGAUGAUACCCUACCAGUGUGAGCAGUGCAAGAUAGCGUUCCCCUCCUUUGAGCACUGGCAAGAACACCAACAGUUGCACUUCCUCUCUGUGCAAAAUCAGUUCAUCCACCCUCAGUUCCUGGACCGUGCCAUUGAUAUGCCUUUCAUGCUUUUUGACCCCAGCAAUCCCCUUCUGGCAGGUCAGCUACUGUCCGGGGCCAUGUCACAGAUUCCCAGCAGCUCUGCCACCUCACCUUCCACCCCCACGUCAACCAUGAACUCCCUGAAGAGAAAAUUAGAAGAUAAAGCGGGCACUAGUCCGGGAGAGAACGACAGCACAAACAGUGGAGAGGAGCCGCAGCGAGACAAAAGACUGAGAACCACUAUCACGCCUGAGCAGCUUGAGAUUCUCUAUCAGAAGUAUUUAUUAGAUUCAAAUCCAACUCGUAAAAUGCUGGAUCACAUUGCUCAUGAAGUUGGUCUGAAAAAAAGAGUGGUUCAAGUUUGGUUUCAAAACACCAGGGCACGGGAAAGGAAAGGCCAGUUCAGGGCUGUCGGGCCUGCACAAGCCCAUCGCAGGUGUCCCUUUUGCCGGGCUCUCUUCAAGGCAAAGACAGCUCUCGAGGCCCACAUCCGCUCCAGGCACUGGCAUGAAGCGAAACGCGCCGGAUAUAACCUGGCCCUCUCUGGCAUGCUGCCCGAACAGGAGGGGAUGCAAAUAAAAAUGGACGGUAUGGAAGCAUCGAGCUACUCCCAACUGGCCCCAUCAAAUAGUGACGGACAAAGCUCCUCCACCUCUCCAGUGAAUCGAGGCCUGGAUUUGUCCCCUCGCGCUCUGCUGAGCCCGUCAUCGAUAAAAGUUGAGGGCAUGGAAGAUUAUGAGAAUGCGGGCAUGUCUUCAGUGAGCCUUAGUUUUGAUCAGAACAAGCUGGAUAACGAUGACUGCUCCUCUGUAAACACGGCCAUCACGGACACGACCACGGGUGAUGAAGCUAAUGCAGAUAAUGACAGUGCUGACGUCAAGCACAGCCAAACUGGUGGCGAUUACCUGUCGAAGACUGGGGUAAAUAUCCCCAUGCUUGAAAAUGAAGACCAGCUGUCGUCAGGGUUAGUCAGCCCUGCCACAAGCUAUUAUACGAAGGACUACGAUAACGAACACAUCAUUGACCACAGUGAAACAUCCAGCCUGGCUGAUCCCUGCUCCCCAAGCCCUGGAGCGUCAGGCACCAGAAGCAUCGACAGCGGAGAUCGACCCGGCCAAAAACGCUUUCGAACCCAGAUGACUAACCUGCAGCUGAAAGUGUUGAAGUCUUGUUUCAAUGACUACAGGACCCCGACAAUGCUGGAGUGUGAGGUACUUGGCAAUGACAUCGGGCUUCCUAAAAGAGUGGUUCAGGUGUGGUUUCAGAACGCCCGUGCGAAGGAGAAGAAAGCAAAGCUCAACAUGGCCAAGCACUUUGGAAUCAACCAAACAUCCUACGAGGGCCCGAAGACUGAAUGCACUUUGUGUGGCGUCAAGUACAGCGCUCGGCUCUCUGUCCGCGACCAUAUAUUCUCCCAGCAGCACAUCUCCAAGGUGAAGGAUACUAUUGGCAGCCAGAUAGAUAAGGAAAAGGAGUACUUUGACCCCGCCACUGUUCGCCAACUUAUGGCUCAGCAAGAAAUGGACCGCAUCAAGAAAGCCAAUGAAGUUUUGGGAUUGGCACAGCAGCAAGCCAUGCAGCAGCAGGGGAUGUUCGAUAACCCCGCUAUGCAGGCCCUAAAUCUUCAGUCUGCCUAUCCAAAUCUGCAAGGCAUCCCGCCUGUUCUUUUGCCUGGUGUUGGAAGCCCCUCUGUCUCCAGCUUUAACUCAUCUAAUUCAGCUUUAACUCCUCCGAAACCUCAAAACCUCCUGAACAUGCCCGGUGCCGGCGUUCCCUCACCUAGCCUACCAACAUCUGGCUUGUCCAACAAGCCCCACUCCUCAUCGUCUCUUGCCUCAUCGAGCCCAGCCCAGACGACUACAUCUGCUGCCCCGUCGAACACCACUACCACUUCCAACUGCACUUCUUCAACCACACAGUCCAGUUCCCGACCUGAAGCACCCAAAGACCGCGAAGCGGAAAGGCUGAGAGAGAAGGAGAAGAGCAAGGAAAACGCAGAGAAGCCUCCGGCCCCUUCAUCGACGGGAAGUACCCCUGCUCCUUCCACCUCCGCUGCCAGCGCCAAGAAAGAAAAGCCAGACACAGCUGUACCUGCCACGUCUAUGCCUACACCUGGUAUGGAGUACGUCGUGGACCCGGCCCAACUCCAGGCCCUGCAAGCAGCUUUGGCAUCGGACCCGUCGGCGCUGUUAACAAACCAGUUCUUGCCCUACUUUAUGCCUGGGUUCUCCCCGUAUUACACUCCCCAGAUUCCUGGUGCACUUCAAGGGGGGUAUCUGCAGCCAAUGUAUGGUAUGGAAAGUCUCUUUCCAUAUAAUCCAGCGUUGUCCCAAGCACUGAUGGGCUUGUCUCCGGGGUCCCUGCUGCAGCACUACCAGCAAUAUCAGCAGAGUCUGCAGGAAGCACUCCAGCAGCAGCAGCGGCAGCUUCAGCAGAUUCAGCAACCCAAGACAAGCCAAACCCAAGUCUCCCCCCAAAACCAGAGGGAUCGCAAGGAAUCUGCCAAAGACCAAGUGAAAACUGAGGAGAAGAAGGACGGUCCCCACAAUGAACCCACCAUGUCCUCCUCUUCUCAUAGCAUAGCAGCAUCCGAGCAGACUGACAGUGAUGACAAAGCUGUGGACUUGCAUUUCAAUCAAUUCAUCGUCCCCAAGGUGCAGUACAAGUUGGCGUGCCGCAAAUGUCAAGCGACUUUUACCAAGGAGGACGCGGCCAUUUCGCAUCUGAAAUCCACCUGCUGCUUUGGCCAACCCGUGGCAAAUCUGCAAGAGAUGCUGCUGCGCGUCCCCAGCGGCGCAGGUGCUGGAAGUCUCUACGACUGCCUGGCUUGUGAAACGACGCUGGAUGGGGAGAAAGCACUCAGUCAACACCUGGAGUCGGCAUUGCACAAACAUAGAACAAUCAAGCGAUCCGCCAGAAAUGCCAAAGAGCACGCGACUAGUUUAUUACCUCACUCUUCAGCCUGCUUCCCCGAUCCUAACACCGCAUCUACCUCGCAGUCUGCCACUCAUCCCAUCAGCAGCCCAUCUCCCCAGCCGACAACUUCAGCCACCAUGCCAUCCUCUGCGACGUCCUCGUCAGUGUGCUCCUCUUCCUCCACGCCACAGAACACCACAGCUGCCGGCACUCCCUGGCCCCAGGCCCCUUUCUCCAGAGCUUUAGCUGGGAAGCCCAACAUCAGUCCAUCCUCUUCUUCCUCCUCCGCGUUUCCUCCAGUGUCCUCACCUUCAACGGUUACCUCAAGUUCAUUGAGCACCUCAGGAGUUCAAACCUCGAUACCAACAGACGUCUUUACUGACGAGUCUGACUCUGACAGCAGUCUCAAGUCAGCAGACAGGCUGGGCAGAACGGCAGAGGAGCCACAGCAGCCUGGCUUUGUCAAAGACAGUAGUAGUUGUAGUAGUAAACUUGCUAGUGUAGAAAUAGACUCCAUCAGAUUGUAAAAGAGCUUUCAGUGAUGGACAAUAUUUAAAAAUAAAAAUUGAAAAAAAAGACAAAAAAAUCACAAAUGGAAAAAAAAACCACACAAAAAGCAGCGAUGUUAAAAAUACAGUAAAGGUAUACAAAACCAAUUUCAGAAAAAAAAAAUGUGUAAAGACUAACUGCAAUUCCAAAGCUUGUAACCAAAAAUUUCAAUGUUAGUGGAUUGUUUUCCCAUAUCAACAUGCUGGUUUUCAUUUCACCCCCUUGUUUGUUUCGUCCAAUUGAAACGUGUGUAUAAACAGAGUGGGUUUCCUGCAAAUAUGAUUUGGACGUUGGUGGAGGAGAGCUGUACUGUGAGGCGAUGAAUUCCCUCCAAGUCCCCUUUGAAGAAAAAUGAGUCGAUAUCCCUCCGACCUUUUGUUUGAGAAGAAUCUUCUUACUAGCACAGUCACACAAAGCCAGUAUGUACUGUAUGGGAGAAUAGUCUAGUCAAGCAUUCAGAUACCAAUGGCUUGUAAAAGUAAAGGAAUGAUGUAAUAUCUAUUUUAUUCUCAGGUCAACAGGUCACUGUUUUUUUUUUCUGUUGCAGAAAUUCAUGUUUUAAACAUUUGUUUUUGAGCAGGACAGUUUUAUUUCCGGAUGUGAAAUUGUUCCAAUUCUAAAUGGGCAUUCGCGUGAAUUAUCAGCUUUGACUUUGGCGGUCCGAACGGUGCAAACACAGUCCAAUUUGACCCAGACAGCAGCGAGCAUUGCAGGCGAAAGAAGUGAGAGGGGAAUCCAACCUUCUGUAUUUAUAAUAGAUAUGAAAUGACUUUGGUGUUGGGUAGACUGUUGCAUUGGAAAUGGCUUUACACGAGAUGAAAAAAGAAAAUGUACAUUUAGCUUUUGUCUUGUCUACGGUUGAGACACCUCAUGUGAUUUUGUCGAGGUCAUUCCAAUUAGACUAGAACACGGGCGAGUAAUUUAUCUAAAUUUUAUGUCUCUUGUUCUCAACGUGUUGGGAAACUCUUAUCCAAAUGCCCCUCCUGAAAACGCAGGAUCGUCUUUAUUAACUAUUUAAUCCUUUAUUUUUAUUCGAUUUGGUUGAUAUGAAAUCAAACAGAUCAAAAAUGAAAUAAUGACGUUUUAAUUUUAUUGACGUUUGUUCUACCUUUGUGCACUUAUCACUGUCUGACUACGUUUUCUCACUUUACUAGUUUGUUCGCACUUACGUUCGCACACCUCCUGUGUUUGUAGAUAUGUACACUACGAAGCAGGCGUGUUGUUCUUCACAUGACGUGGCUACAGUCUUUUUUUUUUUUUUUUUUUUUCAUUUUGACGUUGCUGUAAAUGAAAAUGAAAAAGAAUACUAAUAAUUCUCACGCUUUAAGACGAAAAGAAAAUCCAAAGACGAAACGCUUUCACCAUUGGUGCAUAAAAACGACAAAAGAGGCUUCUUUAUACUUGAGGAUUUGUUGCUGUUUUUAAGAGGAGAAGAUUUAAAAGAUAAAGGAGUACGCAUCAGAGUUGCCGACUUUGCUUCUUUGCGAGCAUCAUGGUGGCUUUUUUACGUCAAUACCAAAAACCAAAAAGGGCCCUCGUCCUUGCAUUGUGGAGUAGCACCGUUACAGAGCCAUUGCAGUUUGUAAGAUAGAGGUAUAAAUCUUUCUUUGACUUCACAUCCAUUUUUAAAAACAAAACGAAAAAGAAAAUGUGUGAGGUCUGGACUUCAAGACGUACGUUUUGCUGCUAAUGUAGAAUUUUUAAUAAAAUAAAAAUGAAAAAAAAAAAAGAAAUAAACCUAGAUGCAUGCUCUUUUUGCUUUUUGGCUUAGCUUUAACUAAAACAGACAAUAAACCAAUUUCUUGCCUCUGCAACACCUGUUUUUUUGUUUUUUUUUCUUGUUGCGAAAACGGAACUUUGAAGACUGUGAAUAUAUAAAUAUAUAUAUCUUAUGUUCCAAAGGACGUUUUACUGAUCUUUUUGAACAGACCAAUGUUUUAAGCCAAUGACGUUUGUAAAGAGCAGUGCAUUCCAAAUAUCAUUUUUCUUAAGCAAGGACUGAUCUUUUUUCCUUUCUAUUUGACUUAUAUUCAUUGUUAAAAAAUCUAUUUUUCUUAUUUUAAAGUAAAUGGAAACAUUUCGAUCGUUAAACGAUGUGGCAUCCGUGUCUCGUUCGUGCGCCGGAUUGGAGCGUUGCUGAAUAGUCCUGCGUUCAGUCGCCGUUCACUCAUGAAGCAAGUCAUAGAGGUAACCAAAAAUGUAUAUAGUACACCGGUACUGAUGCGUCUCAUAGGUUUAGUAACUUAGUCUCAGAGGGAAAACAAUGGCUUUUGAACGGAGGAGGUGCUUCCUGACUAAUCCACCAGUGACUGCGUGUACGCAGGGGGCGACACCUCCACACCUGAGGGACAUCUUCAUUCCAAAGCAUUAUAUCUGGUAGGAAGGAGGAUUCUUGAAGGUGUCCCUUCACCCAAAACAGCCUGGAAGUCCAAAGAAGUAACUUCAUCUGAAUGCAAUGGAAGUGCAACACCACCCCACUCUGCAACACUCUCGCGAAAACCUAACUUAAGUUUCAUUUGCCCGCAACUACCUACAAGCUAAUCUGGAAAAAGAUUUGAGGUCAAUGAAAAACACGCUACUUUCCAAAAGUCUCGAAGAAAAAAAAGUGUCAUGUAAUUAAUAUUAUUUUUUAAGUUAUAUCCGUCAAAUUAUAAUUUUAAUAUGCCGUAUAUUUUAUUUUGUUAUUAUUUGUUCCCAAUUCUAUAUAUAUAUAUAUGUAUAAUUUUUUUUUCAAUCAUGAAUGAGCUUUAAAUUUGGGUUUCUGAUAUCAAUGAGCAAAAACGAAACUCGGUCCCGGCCACUUUACGGUGUGAUAAUGGUUUCUAUUUAAUGAGUGUCUCCAUUAUUUUAUGUUCUCUCCCAUGUGUAACCGUUCCUGGGCUCUGCUGCUGCAGCGUCAGCGGCACAGCCAGCCAGCAUGGACUGUGAGUGACUUUGUAUGUUUGUGUGUCUGUUCUAUCCUGUAAGAGCCAGCAUCAAAUGAUUUGUUUUCUAUUUGCCUUUUUGUACAUUACACACCAAAACCAAACUGAACCACGAGGCUGGAGUGUGAGCAAUGUUCUGACGUGCGACGGCGCCGAAGCAGUUCUUAAUCCAUGAAUGUGGCGAAGCUGUGUGCGGUCCAAACAAGCCAACAAUUAAAGUUGUGUCCCAUUCAAUUGUCUAUUUUAUUGUGACACUAUUGUAGAUAUCUGAAUCUGCCCGCUGUUUUAUUCGACUUUUACCUGGAGAGUGAGAUGGAACAAGGUUUUUGCUGAGGUCAUCUUUUCACCCACUGUGAAAACUAUUGUGUACCUGUAUACAGAUAUAGAUAUAUUUAAAGUAAGACAUCUCUUUUUUUUUCCCUUCCUUUCUGCAAUGAAGAAAUGAAUAGCAAAUGACUGUGGAAAGCUUUGGAGAUAUUAGCAGGAUGCGAGAGGCUGUGGGCGCACCACAACUGGCGAUGGGAGCCAGGCACAGGCUCAAAACAGCUUUAAACUCCCCCACCCUCACCCCCACCCCCACCCCCUAGUGGAUAACUGAGGUUUCUGCAAAGGCAAUGAACUCUGGAUCCAAUGGACACAAGUGUGACUCUGAAACUCAAGCGGCUCCAGCAGCCUCUUUCUACCUUCUGUCUGUCUCUUUCGUUCCUUCCGAUCUGCCUCUGCUUCUGCUCUUUGAUGGACCGUUUUCCACAUUUCAGGACAGGAUGGACAGAAACGCUUGCUUAUCUCACACCUCCCUGUUCACGUUGCUACCUGUUUCAUUUUCUGACGCUCGUCUCUGCUGGACAAGCGAAGCUUUCCAGCCAGACGGCGUCUCACUCCUCUCUCUCUCUCUGUGGAUGAUGUAAUCUAGGAAUAACAAUAAAACCAACAGAGAGGGGGCGGGUCCUUCUUGGAGAGACGGUGAAACACUGAGAAAAAAAAGCGCAUUAACCAAAAUUAAACAACCAAACUAACAACCAAACAACCGUUGGCUCCCACUUUAAAGAUGAACUUUUACGUGGAGCCCUGUUUCUUUUGUGACUUCUGGUGCCACAAAGUUUUUUUAUGCUUUUAGGAUCUUUUUUUUUUUUUUUUUUCCUUGACUUUCUCCUCCUUCGAGCCUCAUAAGCAUGGCUCUGUGGCUCCUGUCAGCCCACCCGAGGGUAGAAAAAAACAGCCUUGCAAUGUACAAAAAAGAGCAAGUUAAACCAAAAAUGUUGUUCUUGAUGUCUUUUCUAUACUGUAGUCUUGUUAGCUUUUUUGUUACUGUAAUUAUAUGAUGAAGAGUUCCAAACUGUACCAAAUGACAUGGAAACUAACACACAUACAACCACAUGGAACUUCAGACUUUUAAAGAAACUUUUGUCACACAACCUUGUUGUCCUAGUUAAGUUGAUUGUAGAUGGUAAUUGAAUAUACUCCUUUGAAAAUAUUUCACCAAGUAUGUUUCUUGCUCAUUGUGAUACAUUAAAAAAGUAUGAG